AUGGCGUCCAAGCGAGGCGCCGAUUUCACAGGAAAAUUUGCUGGGGGUAUUGUGAGCGAUUUCAAGCGACGAUGGGCGGUGUAUAAGAGUGAUUGGGUCGAUGGAUUCAAGGCGCCGACGAAGUGCUUGAGCGCGACGCUCUUCAUGUACUUUGCUUGUCUCGGACCUGCAAUCGCGUUCGGGGGGUUGGCGUAUAAAGAAACGGACGGGCACGUCGGGGCGAUGGAAUAUUUGUGCAGCCAAGCGCUCAGUGGGAUAAUAUGGGCCGUGUUCUCGGGACAGCCCGAGAUCGUGCUACGCCCGGCGGGUCCGCAGACGGUGUUCCUCAUAGAACUGUUCAAACGAUGCAAGGCGUGGAGGAUCGACUUCCUCGUCACGUCUGCGUGGGUCGGGGUUUGGACUGGGAUUUUCAUGCUAUGUAUUGCCUCAUUCGACGCGUGCGCUUGGGUCGCGAACAAGUGCACAAAGUUUACGCAAGAUAUAUUCAGUCUCUUUGUGUGCGCGAUUUUCAUCUUUGAAGGAUUCAAAAACUUGUUCACGUACUUUUCAGACGACAAAUACUCAACCGCAGCCGCUUUGUUUAGCUUGAUGUUAGGUGUCAUGACGUUACAACUUGGUCUGUGGGCGGUGCAUCUUCGCAGUUCGCCGUAUAUGAACGCGACUAUUCGUGAACUCACCGCGGAUUUUGGUCUGGCCUCCGCCGUCAUCAUCGCGAGCGUCACGGCGAAGCUGUCGAAGAUUUCGGGGCUGGAGCACUUACAAAUUUCAAACAACUUUGAACCUUCUAUGCAGCGCGAUUGGUGGAUUGAUUUGGGUUCAGGCGAUAAGUUCAUCCCCUUGAUUGCAAUCUUCCCAGCUCUCAUGCUCACGGCGUUGUACUACGUCGACAUGAACGUGGCGACAUUGCUUUGCAACACGCCGCGCCUGAAGAUGCGUAAGGGCGCGGCUUAUCAUUACAACUUUGCCGUGCUCGCAAUAUUGGUCUUCAUCACCUCGAUGCUCGGACUGCCACCUCCCACGGGAUCGCUGCCGCACUCGCCGCAGUACGUGUUGGCGCUCAGCGACGUAGAAGAGUACACCGUGGACGGCGAGACGCGCACGAAAGUCAUCAAGGUGCAUGAACAGCGACUCAGUCCGCUGCUUGUCAACGUUCUCGUAGCUCUGAGCUUCGUCGUGAUACCCGCGCUAAAAUCAAUCCCCAUGAGUGUGCUCUUCGGAUUGUUCAUCUACACCGGCAUCAUGGGAUUGUACGACAACCAUUUCUGGGAGCGGAUCACCAUCGCGUUCAUGGAACCGCGCUUGCAUCCGCCGACGUCGUACGUCAGGCACGUACCGCUCAGUCGCGUGCACGCAUUUACGUGCGUACAAAUCGCGUGUGUCGGUGUGCUAUGGGGUAUUCGAAGCUCGCCGAUCGCCUUGACGUUUCCCAUCUUUAUUUUAGCGUUGAUGCCGCUUCGCAUUUUACUGUUCAAGAAGUUCAACAUGUUUUCGCCGGAAUGGCUCGAACUCUUGGACGCAAAGGGCGCAAAACCGUACGAGGUGGACGAAGACAACCAAAUCAUGGAAGAUGGUCGGGAGAACAAAUGGUUGUCCAACACCGGCACGGCGAGCGCUUCGAAUUUCAUGGAAUUCGCCGGCUUGCACGAAUCCGGUCCCGCAUUCGGCAACGCGGCGUCCUUACACGCGCACACGCGUUCCGACGCGGAUGCCAUGAUAACAGCGCGAAAUCGGAUACCACUUACACCGCUUACGAAAUAA